AUGCCAGUGCCCUGUAUAGAAAAUUCAUACGGAAUAUUAGUCGAAAUAAGCAGAAGUAAAUUAACCAAUAUUAUUUUGAGCCUCAUGUGCAACCCAUCCAGAAAGGCCGCCAUUAUCAACAGACGCGACAAACACGGCCGAUAUUAAAACAAACAUGUCUUGAAUACCGAUGGUUCAUUCAGUGCCGGUAUCAGUCUAUGUGCAGUCGUACGUAAUCGUUUUAAACCGUUCACCAUGAAGUUUAUUGCUAUCUUUUGUGUUAUAGGAGUCGUUUUCGCUAACGAUGACUUAAGGGUAAUAGAUUCCAUCCAGUCAGAGCCAUCGUGUUCGUCUCGUGGAGGGAUGUGCGUCAUCGCGGAUGACUGCCCCGCCAGCUACCUGGUGGAAGACAGCGGCCUGUGUCCACUGCAACAGCGGAUGGGUGUCGAGUGCUGUUAUGGAAUAUCGAUCAAGGAGACAAGGUGCCGGAGACGAGGUGGGGAAUGUUUGCCGCGAUGCAACGUACGUCUUCGGGAUACUACAGCUACGGACUGUUCAGAAGACACUGUUUGUUGCAUAUUGGUUAAUUAAUUAUAAUGAAUAAAAUGUUUUUUUUUUCGAA